CUAAAGAACGUGAUGCAGGAUGUCGUUGGCAUUGUCAACAAUAUUCGCUCAAAGGCGCUCUCACACCGUCAGUUCAAAGCUGUUGUUGAUGAGAUGGAUGCCCAGUAUGGUGAUGUAUUGUACCACCAGGAGGUGCGGUGGCUGAGCCGCGGGAAAGUUUUACGACGUUUCUUUGAGCUGUGUGAGGAAAUCAGGGUGUUUCAAGCCACAAAGGAGAACAGCAUCCAAGUGCCCUCGGACAAACACUGGCUUGCAGAUAUGGCCUUUCUUGUGGACAUCACAGAGCUGCUGAAUAUCCUCAAUCUUCAGCUUCAAGGGAGAGACCAGAUAAUCACUCAGCUGUACGACCAUGUCAGAGCCUUCAAGCAAAAGCUCCAGUUGCUUAGCAGACAUCUCUUAACAGGAAAUUUGGCACAUUUUCCCAGCCUCAGAGAAGUUGGGUUGAUGGAGGAAGACACACCAAAAUACUGCAACAUUCUCAACGAUCUUGUGGUGGAGUUUGACCAUCGCUUUGAAGAUUUUCGUGGAAACGAAGCAGCAUUUUAGCUGUUUGCGCAUCCCUUUUCUGUAAAUGUGGAUGCAGUCAGUGAGGAGCUUCAAAUGGAACUUUUGGAACUUCAAUCUGAUUCAGACCUCCGUUGCCGGUUUAGAGAGCUUUCUUUACAGGACUUUUACAAAUCUGUUCCUGCACACAGAUAUGGCAAGAUCCGCAAACAUGCACAGGUGAUGUUAUCCCUCUUUGGAAGUACCUAUGUCUGUGAGCAGGCAUUCAGCCUGAUGAAUCUUAAUAAGUCCAAACUGAGAAAUGCUUUAUCUGACUCUCACCUUCAUAACAUUCUCACUCUGUCAGUUAGUCAGCUGGAGCCUGAUAUUAAGAAACUUGUAAAAACCAAGGACAGGCUUCAUGUCUCCCACUGAUAGGCCUACUUCAAUCAUAAUGUGUAGGCCUGGACCUCCAAUGUGUCGGAGUAUGUUCUGCUCUGUCCUGUGUUACUUUGUUACUGUCCUGUGUUACUGUUCUGUGUUACUUUUAUUGCACUAAAAAAAAUUCUUUGUAUUUGAAGAUACAGGCCCAAGGCCUAGUAAUGUUCCAUGUCUGUCUUCAAAUAUUUCAUAGUGCUUCAAUUAUUUUUUCUAAUUUAAAGAAGAUAGAUUUUAUGAUUUAUUUAUUAUUUUUUGAACAUUAAUGUGAGGCACAAUAAACAUUGUCAUUCAUUUUUCAAAAUGACCUUGUGAUAGUGUUGAUUUU